CCCAUGUGACCGAGAUCAAUCAUGGAGGAACCCCAGCGAAUCGAUCUGACCUACAUCACUGAACGCAUCAUCACCAUCUUCUGCCCACCUGAAUGUCCAGAGGAGAUCUACCUGCAGAACCUGCAGGAGAUCCUCCUCAUGCUGCAGUCCAAGCAUGGACACCACUACAUGCUCAUCAACCUCUCACAGAAACAUGAAACCCUCACCCAAAGGAAUCACAAGAUUUUGGACACGGGUUGGGUGGAUCACCUCGCUCCUGACCUGGAUCAGAUGGUCAGUGUGUGCUCAACGAUGAAGACCUGGCUGCAAACACAUCCCAAACACGUCCUGGUGUUACACUGCAGGGGAGGUAAAGGCCGGCUCGGAGUUCUGGUGGCUUCUUACAUCCACUUCAGCAACAUGUCAGACAGUGCAGACCUUUCUCUCGACCACUUUGCCAUGAGGAGGUUCUACAAUGACAAACUGUCCGCUCUGAUGACCCCCUCGCAGAAACGGUAUGUGUGGAUACUUGGGAGCACAUUAAAGGGAGCACUGAGGAUGUGUCCCUCUCCGACUUUCCUCCUGUGUGUUGUUCUUCACGGUCUCCCCAAAAUAAAACCAGAUGGAGCAUGCUGUCUCUUCCUGAGAGUCUACCAGAGUCUACAAGCUGUUUGCACAUCAGCAGUCUACCAUGUUAAUGCAGCCCAGACAGACCGGCUCUACUUCGUGCUCCAGCCAGCCCAGCUGCUCAAAGGAGACAUCAUGGUGGUUUGUUAUGAUAAAAACAGCCGCUCAGCCAGCAGGCAGGUCGUCUUCCGACUCCAGUUCCAUACGGGCCUCGUGCACGGACACACCCUCACUUUCAGUAAGGCGGACCUGGACUGUGCCAGUGAAGAUCCCCGGUUCCCAGAAGAGGGCAAAGUAGAGCUGCGGUUUUCUGACAGCCCGGAAAAGAUAACAGGCAGAGAGCUGUGGCACAACGGUCACUGUGUGACGGUGGACUAUGACACCUUGGACCCUUUGGUCAGGAGAGAUUCAUAUCAAGAUGCAUCUCCUCUUGAAACAGCCCCACCUCAUGUCCUGGACCCUGGAGUGAGAAAGAAUAUUGAGCAAGGUGCUUCGUUCCACUUGAGCGUCAGCAGCCCCGGCUGGAGCGACCGCGCUCCGUCUGCCAGCAGCGACUCAGGCCUGUCUGUUGCCUCACACGGGUGGGCCACAGCCGGACCGAGGAGAGGGGCUGCACGGGAGAAGGGCACCCAGGCCGGGAGGCUGUUCCCUGGGGUGGACUUUGAGAUUGUUCAACCUCUUCUGGAGGUCAUGACAGAGCUCGCUGCUUCAGGUCGAGGGGAGAUGACUGGAGGAAUGGAACACACUAUCAAUGGAGAGGCUUCAUCCAGCGAGAGGGAAACGGAUAUAUUAGAUGAUGAGGACGAAGUUGACAGUGAGGCGGCUCCUGUUUCAGACGUGCCGAGCUCAAGCAGCAUCUGCUCCCUCUCCUCUGAGAACCUGCCCGAGACUCAGACAUCGUCCCACACUGAGUACUCCACACACUCCUGGGUUCAGCAGCAGCAAAUGGUUGACGUCGUCUCCGAUAUUCAACUUCAAGUUGAUGGGGGCGAGAGGUUAAACAGGUUGAGGAAAGAGAGGCCUCCACCUCUGGUAGUUCCUGGGACACCACCUCGAGGAUUCAGCAGCAGGGAGGCAGUGCAGAGGGGACUGGAGGACGAGGACGGCACACAUAACGUCCCACUUAGCACAGACGUUACCCACAACAUACAGUCCGUCAAUACUAGACAGGGUUUGUCUUGCCAAGAAGAGGAUUUGUCUUCAUUAACUACAGACAUUGAUGAGUCCAUUGAACAGCUGAACCAGCUCAUUUUGGAUUUGGACCCCACUUUUAUUCCUGUUCCUACCAGCUGUGCCCCCCUGUCCCGAUCAGCCUCCCUCCACACCAAUGGCCUCAGCCACAAGGGAAAUACCAAUAUGUCAGGUUGGAAGCAGCAGAUGAAGGUCAGUGAUGUGACGGACUACGCUGGUCUCCAUAGCCCAGGAUGGAAGGGGGGUCAGAGCUUCAGAGGAUCCCCAGCCUACUACAGUCCCCCUUUCUCACCAGCUCAGCAUGGGCAUCCCUACAAAACCAACAGCGUGGACUAUCGGGGAGAGACAGAUGGUUCUGACAUUGUCCCACCUACUCCAGGCUUCCCAGUGUCUCCUCCAACGCCCUACGUGAAACAUUUCUCAGAGUUUUCCCAGCUCCGGACUAGCGGGCAGUGGGACCAACACAGCUCAACACAAGUGGGCUGUGAGGCAGCCCUUCUCUGGGCUCUGGGCCACUGCUGUGCUCAGCCAGAUGGAGGAGACCCUCACCAUACCAGCUUGGCCAACCUGGUGACGUUGGAGCUCAGGGACAACCAGCUGAAGUCGCUGCCUACGUCCCUCUCCUUCCUGGUUAAACUGGAACAGCUGGACCUGGGCAGCAAUGAACUGGAAGUUUUGCCGGACACCCUCGGUGCUCUCCCUAACCUUAGGGAGCUUUGGCUGGACCGUAACCAGUUGUCCUCAUUACCACCAGAGCUGGGGAACCUCCGGAGACUGGUGUGUCUGGAUGUGUCAGAGAAUCGUCUGGAGGAGCUUCCCUCAGAGCUGAACGGCCUCCUGGCGCUCACUGACCUGCUGCUCACACAGAACCUGCUGGAGGACGUCCCAGACAGCAUAGGCUGCCUGAAACAGCUGUCUAUCUUCAAAGUGGACCAAAACAGACUGACCCAACUGACUGAUUCAAUAGGGGAGUGUGAAAACCUCACAGAACUCGUCUUAACAGAGAACCUUUUAGAGUCACUUCCUCGCUCGCUGGGCAAGCUUAAGAAGCUGACCAACCUGAAUGUAGACCGCAACCAUUUGGGCACCGUGCCCAAAGAGCUGGGCGGCUGUGCCUGUCUCAACGUCCUCUCUCUCAGAGACAAUCGCCUGGGCAAACUGCCCGCUGAGCUCGCAGAUGCCACUGAGCUGCAUGUGCUGGAUGUGGCCGGAAAUAGAUUACAAAACCUGCCUUUUGCCCUGACAAACCUCAACCUGAAGGCCAUGUGGCUCGCAGAGAACCAGUCACAGCCCAUGCUCAAGUUCCAGACAGAGGAUGAUGAGCAGACAGGAGAGAAGGUGCUGACCUGCUAUCUACUGCCUCAGCAGCCUUCCCCCAGCCUCGAGAACUUGCUACAGAACAGUGUGGACGACAGCUGGACGGACAGCAACCUCAACAGAGUGUCAGUCAUUCAGUUCCAGGAAGAGACCAAGGCUCAGGAGGAGGACGAUGAGGCUGCUGCAGAGCGCAGAGGUCUUCAGCGAAGAGCUACACCGCACCCCAAUGAGCUGAAGGUGAUGAAGAAGGUGAUUGAGGAGAGGAGGAAUGAAGCUUACACAUCCAGGGAUGAAGAGUCUCCUGAUUCACAGGAGAAACGGCUCAGUGACCUCUCCAAUCAGAGCCAUGACUCUCAGGUGUCCAAUAGCACGCUGUCGGCCACCUCCCAUGAGGAGAGGCAGAAUGUGACGUCGCAGAGGGAGGACUUUGUAGAUGGCCACGCCCCUCAUUAUGAUGACGAGCUGGACGAGAUGGAAGUGGAGUACAUUGAGCCCACUGUGCACUUUGCAGAAGAGCCCAUCAUCCGGGGUUUGGAUGACGACGACGAGGAGAACAGGGAAGAUGGAGAGAGGAGUGACGAGGAAGAGAGGCCUGUGUUUCCCGCAGAGAAGCAGCGUCUGAUCAGAAAGGACACGCCGCACUACAAGAAGCACUUCAAGAUCACCAAGCUGCCCAAACCUGAGACUGUGGCUGCCCUGCUGCAGGGCUUCAACCCCGAGAGCAUGAACUCUCCCACAAAGCCCGCAGAGGAAGAGGAGGAAGAGGAGGAGGAGGAGGACGAGGACGAGGAAGACCAGGGUAUGUGCACCCCUCAGCACCUUCCCAGGAUGGAGGCGCUGGAAGACAGUCGGCUCCAGGUCAACUCCAGUCUAGUAAAGGGGGUGAAAUUUGAUCAAGUCAAUAAUCUGCUGAUUGAACCUGCUCGAAUUGAGGAGGAAGAGCACUCGCUGAUCAUCAUGCGACAGACUGGCGGCCUCGGUAUCAGCAUUGCUGGAGGGAAAGGAUCUACACCUUACAAGGGAGAUGAUGAGGGAAUUUUCAUCUCCAGAGUAUCUGAAGAUGGCCCCGCCGCAAGAGCAGGGGUAAAAGUGGGAGACAAACUCCUAGAGGUGAAUGGAGUGGACCUCCACGAAGCAGAACAUCACACGGCGGUUGAAGCUCUUCGGAGCUCUGGUGCUUCAGUUUCCAUGUCUGUGCUGCGGGAGCAUAUGGUGGAGCCGGAGAACGCCAUCACCACCACGCCACUGAGGCCGGAAGACGACUAUUUCCCCCGCGAGAGACGGAGCAGUGGCAUCGCCUUCAACAUAGAGACGGCUCCCAAGGGGCCACAGGAGCGGCUCUCCACCUGCUUGCUGCGAAACGACAAGGGGCUGGGCUUCAGCAUCGCAGGGGGCAAAGGCUCCACCCCCUACCGCACAGCAGACACAGCAAUCUACAUCUCUCGGAUCGCAGAAGGGGGAGCAGCGAACAGAGACAGCACACUGCGUGUCGGUGACAGAGUGAUCUCCAUCAAUGGUGUAGACAUGACAGAGGCCAGGCAUGACCAGGCAGUAGCACUCCUUACCGGCACCUCCCCCACCAUUGCCCUUGUGGUGGAGCGAGACCUGAAUGCACCAGGGGGCUCUCCUGGUCAAUCCCGGGCACGAGCCCACUCCCCUCCACCCCCAGAACCCUCAGACUCACCGGACCAGGAGGAGGACGGCCUCACCAUGCAUGGGAACAACCUGAGCCGCAUGGAGGACGAGUAUCCCAUCGAGGAAGUGAUCCUGUUAAAGUCAGGCGGGCCACUAGGCCUAAGCAUUGUGGGAGGCAGUGAUCAUGCCAGUCACCCGUUUGGCAUCAAUGAACCCGGGGUGUUCAUCUCAAAGGUGAUUCCUAACGGCCUAGCGUGUGAAAGUGGACUGCGUGUUGGGGACCGAAUUUUGGAAGUGAACGCCAUCGAUCUGCGUCACGCCACACACCAGGAAGCUGUGCGAGCGCUGCUGGCCAACAAGCAGGAGAUCCGUAUGCUGGUGCGGAGGGACCCUUCCCCGCCUGGGAUGCAGGAAAUUGUAAUCAAUAAGCAGCCAGGGGAGAAGCUCGGCAUCAGUAUUCGUGGAGGGGCCAAGGGUCACGCAGGAAACCCCUUUGACCCUACAGAUGAAGGCAUCUUCAUCUCUAAGGUGAGUUCGAGCGGUGCUGCAGCAAGAGACAGCAGACUGAAGGUUGGGAUGCGUAUCCUGGAGGUGAACAACCACAGCCUGCUGGGGAUGACGCACACAGAGGCGGUGCGAGUGCUCCGGGCUGUAGGAGACUCUCUGGUCAUGCUGAUGUGUGACGGAUUCGACCCACAAAAAAUGACGGGCGUGGAGGCGUCUCCCGGCAUUAUUGCCAACCCAUUUGCCACCGGCAUCGUCCGUAAGAACAGCAUGGAGAGCAUCUCAUCGAUAGACCGAGACCUGAGCCCUGAGGAGAUGGAGAUCAUGCAGAAGGAGUCUGAGAUGGUGAGAGAGACAUCACAGUGGGAGCGAGAAGAGAUGGAGAAAGUGGAGCGUAUGCGCUUGGAGCGAGAGGAGGCAAACCGCCUGCUAGAAGAGGAGACUGAGAACAUGGGCACUGGACCUUUGAAACUUGACUACAAAACCCUGGCGGCUCUGCCCACCACCAGUCUGCAGAAGCUCAACAGGUUCUCUCCCUCUGUCAGUCUGACUGCUCCCAUGGAGGCUCCCCUGCAGGGCCAGUACGGAGCUCCUUUAGAGCCCCUGGGCUUCGGCUUAGGCAACCCCACAAAUCCCCUGGAGCACACGGACCCCGAGCCCUUCUCCAGCCUGAACAUGGAACAUCUCCAUGAAUCUCAGUUCUCCCCCAAUGGGACCUCCAUUACUGACAGUGCUGGCUCAUCAACAACCAUUAACUCAUCAACAUUUGCACCAGAAGAAGAAGAAGGAGAAGAGGAGAACCUGGUGGACUCUCAGCCCAUCUGCUUCAAAGAGAACCCUUUCUUGGUGGCCAAUCGCAAAGGAAAGGGCCGUCCUCCUGGACAACAGAUCCUGUCGGGACCCCCGGUGGGCUACGGGAAGCAGGGCCAGCUGAAGCCCUGGCUGUUCAGCAAGGCGCCUCCUUCUGACUUCAACAGGACGGAGAGCCCAAUCAGAGACGCCCCCUACUCCCCCACCAUCCAACCGCCCAGCCACCACUCCUCCAGCAGCUCCCUGUGUGGAGGCAGGGAGACCCGCUUUGCAAACCUUCAUUACACUUCAACUCCAACUGCUAUCGAGAACUCUCCAUCUUCAACACGACCGGGUGCCAUCCAGCCAGUGGGGCGAAUGCGGCAGAGCCCCUCCCCUGGCACACCGGAGGGCCACAGUCCUAACCCCUUCCAGCAUGGCCCCUCCCCCUUCAACUCCCAGACCUCUCCUCGCGCCCCCUCCCCCACCUCGCCCGACGAGUUCCCCAUGAAUGUGAAGCAGGCAUACAAGGCGUUUGCCGCCGUGCCUCGCUCACUGGCAGUGCUGGAGCCCCCCCAGGACCAGUAUGGUGUCAGGAACAAUUACCACCCCAAGGAACCUUCUCCAGAGCCUGAGUUGAUGAACGAGGUGUUUGAUGAUGUCAUAGACGGUCAGGAGGGGGCUGGUCUGAGCCGCCACGGCUCCCCCAGGCCCCACCUCUCUCCUGACCGGCGGGAGUAUCUGAGCCUGGCCGCAGUGCCUCGCCUCUCCAGGCCGUCCUGGGACCUGCAGAGUCCCUCUCCUGGUGGUCGGGGCAGCCCGGAGCAGCGCUCCUUCAGGGACAGACAGAAGUAUUUUGAGAUUGACGUGAAGCAGCAGACACCAGAAAAACCCAAACCUCGAGUGUCUCUUGUUGGAGAAGAUGACCUUAAGAAAAUGAGGGAAGAAGAAGAGAGGAAGUUUGAGCAGCGGGCGCGGGAGUACCUGAUGGAUGAAGACGAGGAGGACGAGGAGGAGGAUCUGGCGAAGCAGGUGGCGCAGAUGAAGGCCACCGGCAAGGUGUUGCUGGACGGAGUGGAGUACAACGUGGAGCCAGUGUCCACCCCCACCCAGCACUGCGCUACCCCACCCUGCUACAACGUCACGCCGCCCAGCUACUGUGGCAGCUCAGGGCCUUCUUCUGUUGAUGGUAAAGGAGAUUCUCAGAGGAACUCACUAGAGGACAGCUUCAGGAUGGAGCAGAGACCCAACUCCAUGACUGGUCUGAUCCCAGCGUACACAGGGGACUCUGCGGCCCCCAUCCGCACAGCCAAAGCAGAGCGGCGGCACCAGGAGAGGCUCCGUAUGCAGAGCCCCGAGCUGUCAGUGGCCUCCGACAAGGACCUGUCCCCUGCUGAGAAACGAGCUCUGGAGGCCGAGAAGAGAGCCAUGUGGAGGGCAGCACGGCCCUGCGGCGCUGAGGAUGAUGUUAGGCAGUAUGAGCAGGACCUGGCUAAGAGGCUCUACCAGGCCAGAGUGAGGGCGUCUCAGGGCCGGGACGAGGCCCCCCAGCCCCCCACCUCUUCCUCCUCCUCUGCAGCCUCCCAGCUCAGGAUGAAGUCUCUGGAGCAGGAUGCACUGAAAGCACAGAUGGUCAUCGCCAAGUCUCGCGACGGAAAGAAGCGUGGGACACUCGACCAGCUGACGGAGUCACCCUCGCCCGCCCCCACCCCCUCUCCCACACCUAUGGAAGAGCUCAGUGCCCGAGGAGUCACCUCUCCGGGUCGGCUGUCCCUGUCGUCAAAGAAGUUUGACUACCGACAGUUUGCUGCCAUUCCUUCUUCCAAACCCGUAUACGACAUCCAGUCCCCUGACGCAGUGGAAGAGCUGCAGUUCAUUGACGACGGCUCCAGCAACCCAGUUCCCGCUGCGAGCCCUGAGGCUGAGGUGCCCCCCCCGCUGCCUGCCACCUCGGCCCUGGAGGAGAUGGCCCUGUACAGCAACAAGCGCAAACUGAGGCAGGGCCGCCGCAGCCUGGAGACCGCCGUGCCCACGUAACGGCUCACUGAGAGGAGAGAGCCCACGACAUGAUGCGCACACACACACACACACACACACACAUUAAGAUGCACUGUGGAACACAGAGUCACUAAACACUACACAGUAGAGCGAGAUUUCCUCUCCCAUAUAUAACCACUGCAGAGACGACACUCUUAUAUCCUGCUGCCAGUCUGUGGAUGGUAGGUUGCUGAGCAGUCCCUACAGGGCAACAACCCUGUAGUGUGGUUAGCUAGCUGUCACUACUUACAGACCAUUCUCUUUUUGUUGUUGUUGUACACUCGGUUUACCAAGUAGAAGCUUAUCUAUUUUAAAAAGGAAGCGGCCGAAGUUUUUAUUUUUUUUAUUUUUGCACCUCUAAUGAUUUUGCUGUUUUAAAAAGAACAUACUGGAAGAGAAAAGAAAUGGGUCAUAGCUAUACUAACUUGUUGAAUGAUAUUUUUAGCCUUUCAGUGACUAGAUUGUAAAAAUGUCAGGGGUUUCUAGAGACUCGGACAGGAGUGUAUAUAUUAAUUGAGGGAACAUCCUGCUACCUUCAGUCACAAAUUGUGGAGAGCUUUUUAAAAAACAAAAACAGUACAUAUCUUUUAUGCACUGCCACCUAUCAGCUUUUAAAGAACAUAUAUCUUAAGUAAUUUAUUGUUUUUAGCGUUUUACUCAAAUUGAAGGCCCUCUGUUUUAACCUCCUUUGCUUUUGGGAGUGCAUGACUGAUGGUUAUCGUAAUGUAUCUUUAAAUACUAAACUAAUUAAUUUCACUUUAUGUACACUUAUGAAUUCACAUUUUUAGAGAAGCAUAUCAAUAAUUAGAUCUGUUGGUCAUACCUGUGAUUGUUACAUUCCCCAUUGAGAGAAUCUGACUACACUAAGCAGGCAGUUUUUACAGAUAAACAUAUCACACGUUUGGAACCAUGCAUAGUAUCAUUUAAUAAUUAACGGUACUCGCCCUGCCCUGUUUAGGGUCUUGUUUUUUUAUUUUGCAAUGUGAAUCAUUCAUUUGUAUCCUUGAAUUAUCUGGAGGUAUUCCAGAGUGAUGUGAAGGUAGCAGGUGUUUUAUUUUUCUGUCUAUUUAAAUCUGACGCCACUGAAAAAUCAUUUUAUUAUUGUGUGAAUAAUGUACAAAUACUGAAAGGAAAGCAAACGUCGGGUUGAAACUGAGUCAGUCUUACAGGCUUGGUGCUGGGAUGCUCUCUGCAUGUAUAUUGGUUUGUUAAUGGAAGAGCUGCGGGGGGCAGAAGCAAUUAGAAAUCCCUCUCAAGACAUUGUUCAUGCUCCACAUGCUGUCAGUUUAUGUAUCUGAUGGGUAUUUUUGCAGAAUCACAGCAUAGUAGCCUAUUUAAAGUAGGGUCUUUUAAUCAUAGCUUUCCAUGUUGCUCUCACUGACUGAAAUUCAGUUUGUUUGAUAACAUUUGCAAUGGUUGAUAUCUCUUUUUUUUUUACUUGCAGUAGGUAAUUCUUUUUUUUCAGAUGGGUUUCACUACAUUAUUAAUGCAGUGUUUCAAGUUUUUGUGUUUAUUCUUUUGUCUUGAGUCCUUUUUUGGGACUUUUACUUGCAAAUAUGUCAGAGGGAAAGGGUCAGAAGUUCUAGGGUCAAGGGUUAGAGCUCACAAGACUGUAACUAGUGAAUUUGUACAACCAAAGAAGUCUAUUUUGUGGUUCAGGAAUAAUAAAUUUUACUUUUCAUUUAAGAA